AUGACCCCGCCGGCAAUCAUUGCGCCUUCAAUUCUGUCUGCUGACUUUGCUCAGCUGGGCGAGGAAUGCGCUCGUACUAUGGAACAAGGUGCCGACUGGCUCCACGUCGAUAUCAUGGAUGGCCACUUUGUUCCGAACAUUACAUUUGGAGCUCCCGUCGUUGCCAAGAUCAGAAAACAUGUUGACAAGCCCACCGAAGGCCAUGGCAGAGGCACCUUUGACUGCCACAUGAUGAUUGCAGAGCCCAAGAAAUGGGUCAAGGAGUUUAAAAACGCCGGUUGUGACCUGUAUUGCUUCCACUAUGAAGCGGCAUUCUCGACGGCAGCCGAGAGCCCCGAGCAGACGUCGGACAAGAAGACCAGCCCCAAAGAGCUCAUUCGGUAUAUCCACGCCAACGGAAUGCUUGCGGGCAUUGCCAUCAAGCCAGACACGUCUGUUGAUGUGCUGUGGGAUAUCUUGGAGACUGCCGAUCCCGAGGAGAAGCCUGACAUGGUUCUUGUCAUGACGGUCUACCCUGGAUUCGGCGGCCAGAAGUUCAUGGCGAGCGAGCUCCCCAAGGUGCAGGCGUUGCGGGCCAAGUACCCCGAGUUGAACAUCGAGGUUGAUGGUGGCUUGGGGCCAGGGACUAUCGACCAGGCCGCCGAUGCUGGGGCCAAUGUCAUUGUUGCUGGUAGUGCCGUGUUUGGCGCAAAGGACCCGUCUGAGGUUAUUUCUUUACUACGAAAAUCGGUAGAUUCGAGGGCUGGUAGACUAUGA